AUGCAUUUCUCUCAGAGUCUUAUUGCUGUAACGGCUUCCCUCGUGUCCCUUGGUCUCGCCGCCGACCCUCUAUCCUUCACUUCCUGGCCCAAGGACCCCCUCGAACCUGGCAAGCCGGUUACCCUUACAUGGACUGGUGCCGACCCUGAUCUGCCUGUGACCAUCCUCCUUCGCACCGGUUCCUCCGGUGCCCUGCAAGAUGUCAAGCCUAUCACUACUAGCAGCAAGGGCGGCUCCUUCACCUGGACGCCCGACAGCGAUGUCAAGAGCGGCGAUACCUAUGCCUUCCAGAUCACGCAGAAAGACCAGACUAACUAUACCGCUCUGCUGAAGUCAGCUGGCAAGCCCGCCGCUGACCCUGAAGCGGAUGAUACCACCGAGACUGGCACUGCUGCUUCUACUGCUGAAGCCACUGGCACCACCACCGGAGCCACCACCGGAACUACCACUGGUACUACUACCGGCACUACCGACACUACUUCUGCCCAUAGCACCUCGGCCACUGGUACGACAGAGGCAACGCAAACGACCCAGACCACAACGUCCAGCACUACUAGCAAGGCCCUCAUUAGCUCUUCUGCUAGCGCAUCUGGCACCCCUUCCAGCUCAGCCGUUGCCAGCUCAACCGAUAGCCUGAAAGCUACCCGCACUGACGAUGUCAAUGGCAAAGAAGCGUCUUCCACCGCAACCUCGGAAACCGGUGGUGCUUCUAUCCCGCAAUCCUCUGUACAAUUGGUAAUGGGAAUCGUCGGUCUGCUCGCCUACCUUGUCUAG